AGGCUCUCCUCCGCCCGUGCGUCCUCGCGCGUCUGCUCCCUCCGCUCCGGCGCGGCCUCUGCGCUCAUCAGCGGACAUGUUCUGUCUGUGGAUCUUCUCGCUCGCCUUUCUGCAUCUUCAUCUCUGCUCUGUCUCAUCCUCAAGUCUGGAGGGUUCGGGGUUCUUCGUCGGGUGGAUCAACGCCAGCUCUCUGCAGCUUUUUGCAUCCAUCGGCGGCUGUGACCUGUCACCUUGCAUGGAUGAGGGACAGGAAGGAAUGGAGGCACUCUACAGAAGUGAAGAGCCAUUUCAGUGCAGCAUAAGAGCAUCAGCCUCUCCAGGAAGGAGGCAAGCUGGGAGGACUUGUGUCAGAAAGGUUCCUGGAAACUUGGCAGUUCAUUGCCACCUGCUCUCAGAGAAUGAAGGCUUGGAGGAGGAGGACCUCCUCCGUAUUACUGUGAUGACCCCCAGAGGUCAAAGUUCCCUUCAAGUCAAUGUGUCACAUGGUGGUUUGCUCACAGCGUGCUCUGACUGGAUCUGGAACACAUCUGAAAAGCAUAAAAACAAUGUUCCUGCCUCUGGCCUCCACUUAGGGAUCUCUUUGGAGGUCCCCUGCUGCACCUCCUGCACACGUUUUGGCUCCGACAGUGAGCUUGUUGAGGAGCAGUGCUCUGCACUGCAUGUCUCUGUGAGUGAUGUUCUGGUAAAAGACUACAUCUGCUGCCUUACCCCCCGGGACAAAGACAAAACCUUAAACAGAACAGAGACUCCCUGCCUUUACAGCUCCAACAGUUUAAAGGACUCUCUGGUCAGGGGAAGGGUCUACCAGAUGUCUUUUGAAGAAUGCUUCAGAUGGCAUCUACUGGUCGUCCUGCUCAUGUUGGAAGCACAAUACAACCACAGCCAGGAGGUUCAUGAAGACCCUAGCAGCACCGUGAAGCUCUGCGAUUAUGCUGUAAGAAUUCAUGCAGAGAAGCAAGCAUAUUCCACAAAUACAGAUAUCCCCCUCCUGGCUGUGGUGGAUAUUUUGGAUCCUGUAGAGUUCCUGUGGGACUUUGGCGACUUCACAUCAGCCAGAGCCAACUCAAGGACCAUCACCAAAAGAUACACCAACCCUGGGAUAUAUAAGUUGGUUGUGGUUGCAUCCUGGGGUCAGAUGUCUGUCAGGUCGCAUGUGUUAUCGCUGGUGGUCCAGAGAGCAGUGAAGCUCAACAGGCUGGUUCACGAGCCUUCAGUUUUGCAGAACCACACAGUCACAGUGAGCUGCAGAGUCAACGUGGGAACUAACCUCACCUUUCUGUGGAACUUUGGAGACGGAACCGUCAGGACUGGGCUGAGCACAGAGCAGCAUGUCUUUACCCGCACGGGAGAGUUCAGAGUGAUGGUGAUCGCAUCCAACUUGGUUAGCUCAGCUUCUCUAAGUAGCUACCUCUUUGUUGUGGACCGACCUUGUCAGCCUCCACCUGUCAAAAACCUGGGCCCGCCCAACAUACAGGUGAGGCGAAAUGAGGUGGUCUUUCUGGGUGUGACGUUUGAAAGUGAACUGAACUGCAAUGUGUCAAGAGAGCUUCACUACUCCUGGACCGUAUAUGACUCUGCAGGGUUGACCUUCCCCUUGCCUCUCACAAACACACACAGACAGAGCCUGGUGUUGCAGAGCUAUACCCUCCCUUAUGGCAUCUACAAGGCCAUAGCCAGGGUGCAGAUUGUUGGCAGUGUGGUGUACAGCAACUACUCGGUGAGGCUUCAGGUGGUGCCGAACUCGGUUGUGGUUGUCAUCCAGGGGGGCACCAACAUCUACGUUAACACAAAGAGCAGCAAUGAGGUCACUCUGGAUGGACAGGCGUCUUAUGAUCCUGACUUCCCUUUAAACCCACUCAGAUACAGUUGGACGUGUCAGCCAGUCAGUACCAUCUCCAGUUCCUGCUUCAGUCAAAGCAUUCCCACUUCAUAUCCUGUCCUUAAAUUUCCCACAAGCCUCUUGAAGUCUAACUUUGACCAGUUCAAGUUCACACUGACGGUUCACAGUGGAGAGCGCUCAGCUUCAUCAGAGAUCUUCCUCACCCUGACAUCACACCUGGCGGGAAAAUUAUUCGUUCACUGUCCCGAGUGUCAGGGGGAUCAGGUGAGCUGGGAUCAGUCUUUCUCUGUCAGAGCAGAGUGUGAGGACUGCAACGUUUCUGCAGAAUUCAUCCAGUACUCCUGGAGUUUGUUCCGGGUUAAUGCAUCCUCCAAGCCUGUUGCAGAGAUUCCAUUUUGCUACACAGUGGAUCUAAAUGCCCCCUCCGCUGUCCUGGAAAAUGCAUCUACACCCACUCCUGCUCCUGAAAUGUCCCCAUCCCAUCACUUCAAUGCAGACUGGACACGGUUUACUGAGGAUUCCUUAGCUUCCUCCAGCCCCUCAAGAAUCUACAAAUCCAAAAACAGGAAUUCUGAGUUGACUGACAGCCCAGUUUCAUCAGUCACAGUUGGUUUUUCUGGCUCUGAGUCCUUCAAUGGUCCUCCUGGGGUUGAUCGUGGCAGCAGCCAGUUUUCAAACUUUCCUGGUCAGAGGGACAUGUUCAGUGAAUUCCAGAGUGACCCUGAAUCCUCUGCUGAGUGGGAGUUUACCUUUCCUUAUCUGGAAAGUGAGGACCUGAGAGGUCAGCGAGGGGAUUCUCGUGUUCCAUUUCCACGUCCUGAAGAAGGGGAUCCAGGAAUAUCAGCCGGGAGACCCAAAGAAACAGACAUGGAGAGCUUUCCCUCAGACAGUGACUCCUUUUCUCAUUCAUCGUCAAACAAAGGUGAGGGAAGCAAUCUGGUGGAUCCCAGACCUUCUGUGCGGCUUCAGAAACCCGGUUUGCUUGACCUGCACAGAGACUCAGUGGACAAAAGCCUCUUUGAGUCUUACACUUACACAGGAAUUUCCUCAUGUUUUCUGAGUUUUCGGUCCUUCAGCUUGAAGCCGAGCAGCACAUACAUGCUGGAGCUCACUGCAAAGUCUCAGAGGCGUUUUUAUGGCCAAACUCAGCUGUUCUUAAAAGUCAAGCCGGUUCCUAAAGGCGUGGCGUGUCAGGUGCAGCCUGUCAGAGGAAUCGAGUUAUACACACACUUCAGCAUCUUCUGCACCUCUGGCAGGGAGGACCUUAUUUACACAUACAGCUUCAGCGUAGGGGGCAGGAUGCCCAGAAUCCUCUACCAAGGAAGAGACUUCCUCUAUUACUUUAGCCUCCCCUCAGGUGACCCCACUGAUGACUACAAAGUGAUUAUUUAUACUGAAAUCCGAAGCAGCAUGUACGGAUCAGCGAAAAAGCUUUGUCCCGUCACAGUCCGAGUCGAGCCGAGCUUCGUCAGAAAUGCCUCCUCUUCCUAUUCUCAUCAUGAGCCUGAUUUAAUGAUAUCAGACUCAGGUCUGAGGAACGUGUCGGUUCUGGUCCAGCUCGGAAACAUUGCAGAGAUUUAUAACUACAUAAGUCUCCUCAGCACCAUCCUGAACCGCCUCAGCCUGGACUCUCAGGCUAACACGCAUGCUCUAAAGCACCUGCGCAAUGUGCUCAUUUGCAUUGUGUGCAAACUAGAAUACAGUGCACAGGCUUCACCAGCAGACGGCAUCUUCAUCCUGAACGAACUGCUACGUGUCACAAGUCAGGUGACAGUUCAGAGUGCUAGGUGGGUCACAGCGCAUGUUGGUGCCCUAUCCGUGCAGUUUUCUGAGUCAAACCGGAGCAUACUCAGCGCUCUGGUCAGCCUGCUCUCAUCCAGCCUUCAGGUCGUCACCAGCUCGCCUGAAACAUCUGACAGUGCCGACUCUCCUCAACCCCUCGAGUCACAUCUAGUUACGGGUAAAAGCAGAAAUGCUUUUGUGGAUGAUGCUGAUCACUGUAUAACAGAUUUGUCUGAGACAACGUACAACAAGCAAUCAGAACCUGUUCCGAAAAGGCUAAUGAUGCGGCUUGUAAAUGACCUUCUGCAGACUACCUCAGACUUGAUGUUGAGAAACUUUGACCUCCAAAAGACCAAAGAACUCCAAGUUCAGUCUGACCUGAUCACUUUGUGUGCUGGAUUCCUGAACAAGACCUCCACAGCCAUCAACUGUGGUUUGAUCACUUUCUUCUUACCUGCAUCUUUGAUUAAGAUGCUGCUUCUUCAUGACGGCAUCUCAGCUAAAAGAGGGUUUUCACAAAGAGAGCAGCCAUCAUGUGUCCAAAGGAUUGGGAUGGAACUUCUCCACAACCCUUAUGAAUGGGGACGCUAUCCUAUACAGCUGAAAGGACCUGUGGCUGAUCUGAGUUUGUACAGCUGCAAAACUAGGAGGAAAAUUCCAGUUCACUCCUUUCUUCAACCAAUUACUGUUGAGCUUCGUCAUCCUCAAAAGACGAGCUCUAUGUCUGAGUACACCCUCCUGCGCAGCCAAAUAAACUACCACAACUUCAGCAUUACCCAGGAGCACUUGCAGCAGGCAGUCCAGGUGACAGUCGUCUUCACAGCUCCACCUCACAUGGCCUUUCCUGUCAAGAUUCUCUUCAGGAUGUUUGAACGACCGACUCCCAGCAUGCAUCAUUUACACAGACUUUUAAACUGGAGAAACAACACAAUCCUCCUAACCUUGCCACCAUCCUACCUCAGUGCUGCUGGUGUUGGACAUUUAGCCUUGCUCGAUGCUAAUUUUGGGAAAACACCCACAAGACGGCAUUUGGCUGAGCAGAUAAGCUACAGCCUCACAGUGGAGAGCAGUCUGUGUUUGUCCUGGGAGGACCAGCAGGGGUCCUGGACUCAGAACGGCUGCAGGGCACAAACAAAUGACAAAACCUCUGCAGUCAAUUGCAGCUGUCAUCAUUUAAAACCACUGAAAGUGCUGCAGCAGCAGAUCCAGAGCAGCCACUUCAGAGCUGAUCUGGACCAGUUCUUGAGUGUAUCAAGAGAUCUGACAGUGGUGUUUGUGUUGCUGCUGUGUGUCAGCCUUAACAUCCCUGUCCUGGUGUGGUGCAAAAAAACGGACGCCACGUCCGAGGAGAAUAACAGAGCCCACUUCCUUCCUGACAACUCUGCAACCGACCAACAUUUCUAUGCCGUCACCGUCCACACCGGUCUGUGCUCUGCUGCACGCAUGAGUGCGAGAGUUUAUGUAGUGCUGCAUGGUGAAGAUGGAUGCUCUCAAACUAAGGAACUGCACGUCCCAGGAUGCACUCUGUUCAGAAGGAACUCUCAAAACACCUUUAUCCUGAGUGUAGCAGAUAGUCUAGGUUCUGUUCAGGGGGUUCACAUCUGGCACAACAAUUCUGGACCUUCUCCUGAGUGGUACCUGAAACAAGUGCAGGUUUCUGAGCUGAUGCCAGGACACAUGGAGGGACGCUCUUGGCAGUUCAUCAGUCAGUGCUGGCUGGCUGUAAAUAAAGGAGACGGCCAGGUGGAAAGGAUGUUACGUGUUUCGACCCAUGGGCUGACCUUCUCUAAGAUGUUGUUUCUUAAGCUGUUUGAAUACAUGCCUGAUUACCACAUCUGGAUGUCGGUGUACACUUGUCCUAGUCCUCAUCUGUUCACUCGUGCUCAGAGACUCUGUGUGUGUCUGCUGCUAUUCUUGGGGUACGCAUGUGUCAACAUAAUCAUCACACAUCAAAGAGAUGAUCAGCUACCCUUUGACUUGGGUGUCAUCGAUGUGACAUCUGUUUCUAUAGCAACAGGACUUGUAAGUGUGGUGGCUGUGUUACCUGUAGCGAUGGUGAUAUCCUUCCUGUUUCGAGUUAAAAGUGGCAGAAUGACACUUGAGAAUUAUGACAAUGUUUUUUCUAAAAGACCAUCUGGAAAGACAAAAUACCAGGACACAGACUUCUUGUCAGUAUCUACCACAAAUUUAGAAAAUAAGGACGCAGACGAUAAGGAAGCAGUCACGCCGCAAAGGAAUAAGAGGAGGAAGGACAGUGUGUCAUUCGAGAGCAUCCAUGAGCUGUUGUUUCAAGAAGUGUUGCAGGUUUCUAGAAGAAGGAGCCUCUUCCUUAAAAAAUCAAAGGGAAAUGAUAGUGAGCUGUCACCUCAGAGCAGUGAGUUUUGUGGAGCUCUGAAAGCUACAAAGAUUGAGGGUCAGUGUGUUCGAGUGAAGCGAAGAUACAGACUAGCAUCCCUGCUGUAUCACUGCGUCGCCUGGACAUUAUGCCUGCUUUUUUGUCUGUCCUGCCUGAUCCUCUCUGCUGUGCUGGGAACCAGACUCAACAGUGGCAAGAUUCUCCAUUGGAUACAUUCUCUUUUUGUCUCACUCACAUUUUGCUUUUUUGUCAUCCAUCCUGCAACGAUACUUGUACUGGCAGCAGUAGUUUCAUGGAGGUUCAAGAGAAGUCAAGACUUUCACUGUUUUUUCAAUAAAAUGAAUUCUCAUUUAGAAGAUUUAAAACACCAGGACCCAGACCAGCUUCGACCAUCUGCUUUUACCCGAACAAGAGCACCAAAUGCAGAAAAGAUCCUUGAGGCUCGACAGCGAGCUCGGUACCUGCGCCGUGUUCACCCACCAACCCGAGCAGAGCUGAGGAAGACUCGUACAAAGAGAAAAAAACAGGCUGUCAUUCAUAAAAUGCUGAGGGAUUUGUGUCUCUGUGGCUCCAUGUUUUUCCUGAUGGUGUGCAUCACUUAUGGCAGCCCAGUUGAUGAACAUUACCCGCUAAAUGCAGCAUUUAGAAGACACUUCAUAAGGGCUCACGGGGACGACUUCAUGUCCAUAAAAAAGUAUGAAGACUGGUGGAAGUGGGCACAGACAAGUCUUCUCAGUUCACUGUACUACAAUGAAUCAGAAAAUCCACAGAUGUCAUUCAUUUCAAUUGGAGCUCCACUUGUACAGAAGACGGAGGUGUGCGGGACAUUUCACAGUCAGGUUUCCAUGGUAACGCCUCCAAGGCCGCGUUAUCACACUGGUUCCUCCUCCAAACAGGAGGUCACAGUUGGCUUAGGCUACACAAGGUCUGAGGGUGCAUCAAAACUGAGGCUCUUGCAUUUGAGCGGCUGGUUGUCUGAGCAGACGGUGGCCUUGAAGGUCCAGUUUUCCUUAUACAGCCCUGCACCAAACUUGUUUUCGAGUGUGACUCUGCUUAGUGAGCAAAGCUCCACUGGUUUGCUUCAGUCUUCUGCUACAGUUCAGUCAGUGAGGUUGUACCACUCUCCUUCUAUGCUGGACUAUACUGUCAUGGUCUGGCAGCUCCUGUUCCUCCUCUUGUCUCUCGUAAACCUCUACCACCAAACGUCCACUGCAGCCCAGCACGGAUUGAUGGGAUACUGGAAGACAACCUCCAUCAGCGUGGAAGUCAGCCUGGUGAUUGUGAGUCUGGUGUAUUACGUCCAUUACGUCUAUCAUCCCACUAUGGUGAUGGAAGUUGCAGAGCAGCUACGUAGAAACCACAGAGAACAUGUUGAUGUGAGCACCCUUGCCAACUCGGAACAAUUUUCUCGUACUCUACGUGGCAUCAUCCUUUUCCUUCUGGCAGUGAAGUGUGUAACUGUCGUCAGGUUGAACCGGAUCUUAGCUCCCUCCAUGCCUCUUUUAUCACUCUCCAGCCUUUUAUGGCCAGCGAUUUCAGGCCUGCUCCUUCUAUCGAUAUUCUCCUGCAUGGGGAGGCUGCUCUACAUAGAAAGGACCUUUCAUUCCAUUCAAACUGUGCUUUGGCACUUCUGGAGUCUCCGAAAAUCCAGGGACCUCAUAUCUUUGUGGAGGGAUUUUUAUUACUUUGGGCUUCUUUAUGCAUCUUCUGCAAUGCUGACAACAAUGGUUUUUGCUGUGAUGAUCAGAAAGGCAAAAAGGUCUCCCAGCACCAAGAACGACCCGACUAUCAGGGAAGUAUUGGGCUGUAUCAGUCAGAAGUUCACUGGAAUGAAGACACAAAUACCUGAUUGUCACACACAGAAGACCUAUUUUCUUGAAGAGUGUGAGAGUUUAGUAGAUGAACUACUGUUCAAACUCAAUGCCCUCUCCAACAGCCUGCACCACACUCUUCCCCCCAAACUCCACACUUACACAGAUAAAGACAGUCCAGACGCCUCAUCCACAACAGAACUCUGUAAAGAACGCUUACAGGACUUGGUGAGGUCGCUGAGUGUUGGUCAAGGAGAGGCUGCGCUGACUUUUCCCCAUGAUAGGUCCCUGCUUGAACUACAGGAAGAAGAAGAGGUCAAACAUCAGGAAGGCAGAUGCAGUGUGGGAUGCAAAGAAUCAAGACUCCCUGAAACGCUUUGGACGGCAGAUUAUAGGGAGAGCAUGGAUGAACACUGGACUGAAAAAAAGAGUAGCAAUGGACUUGGUGGAGCUACUUAUUCUCAUGUGGUGGUGGUGGAGGCUCUGGUCCAUCAUGAGCAGGGAACCAAAAAUUAACACUGAAAUCUCUGGGUGUUGUCUUUUGACAGAAAUAAGUUCAAAUAAAGAAUUUAAAAAG